AUGCCACACGAUUAUGGAUUGGGCCCAGGCUUUGAGCCUAAGCAUAUCGACCGGAAGUCUAUUUAUGUCAAUCUUGAGGAAAGAAUCAAAUACUUGCAUGACUUUCUUGACUUUAACUCUGCCGACAUCGAAGCCCUCCAGGGUGGAAGCAAGUACUUGAAGCAACUCAUUCCCGCCGUCGUCAACCUUGUAUACAAGAAACUCCUUCAAUAUGACAUCACCUCGCGUGCAUUCCACACCCGCACAACCGCCGACGAGACCGAGCCCGAUCAAGAAUGGCUGGAUGAGGAGGCACCAAAGAUUCAGCGACGCAAGAUGUUCCUUCGUUGGUACCUCACCAAGCUGUGCCAGGAUCCCACUAGUAUGGACUUUUGGCGGUAUCUGAGCAAAGUCGGUAUGAUGCAUUGUGGUCAAGAGAGGUUACAUCCCCUCAACAUUGAAUUCGUUCACAUCAAUGUCUGCAUGGGGUUUAUUCAGGACAUCUUCAUUGAAGCCCUUCUAUCACACCCACAUAUCUCACUCCGACGUAAGAUCGCGCUCGUUCGGGCCGUCAACAAGAUCCUGUGGAUCCAGAAUGAUCUAUUUGCCAAGUGGCGGGUCCGCGAUGGCGAGGAGUACGCCGACGAAAUGUCCGUGUACAGCUUUGGAUCUGGCAAAGAAGGAUAUAUUGGUGAUAAAAAGAUCUUGGGCAGCGACACCAGUAGCUCUGCCGAUGACGACGCGGCCAGCAUUGUGAGCAGCAUCGCGCCGUCGACAUAUACUACACAAACCAUUCAGACGUCGCAUACCAAUGCCUCAAAGACUUCGGUGUGUCCCUUUGCAGACCUUGCCUCCAAGGGGUCAGCCACUGAAACAAAAAUCUGGGCCAAUUGA